CAAGUCAUUGUGGCUCAAGAAGCCGGCAACUAUCUCGAAGCACCAUCUUGUUGGUUCCUUCACCAUGGAUCCGAUGGGACUUGCCAUGAUCCUGGUACUUAUUUGCAUCCACUUCGGAUAUGUUGACUCCCGCCCGGAUCGCGACUGGCAUAGGCUGCGUAGCCACCAGAGUUCUAACCUUCAGCACCUGAAGUUUCAAGAUGCAUUUAAUGAUGUCCGGCGUGAGAUGUCCUUCCUGACCUGCGGCCUCUUCGGUGUGCACCUCAUUGCUUUCUGCGUGUUUUCAUUCGGUUAUCUCGCCUACACCCAACCCGACAAUAGUCGUUGGUUAUUUUUGUUGGCGGUCACAGUGGUGGAUUACCCGAGCAUGGUGUAUAUCAACAAAUGCUUCGAGCACAUGUCCACAUCCCACGUAUGCUUUGGGGUGCUGUACCAGCAAGCUUUGUUGCUCGCAAUGGCUUUCGUGCUAUAUGGUGAGAAGGGCCAGCUUGCUGACUUCAGCAUUGACUCCUUCCUAACCACCUGCCGCUUCACCAUUGCAAUCAUGGCUGUGAACACAAGGCUGACCGCGCCCAUGCAAGUACUCGCCUCCGCAAUCGCCAUCUCGCAGCGGAGCAGCAUAUGUUUCUUGGUCUCCGAACUCUUUGUGUUAGCGAGCGUUAUCUCAGUGUCUAUUUUUCUCGAGUCGAGCAUCAGCUCUCAGAUCGAGGCCAAGUUUGAAACUACCCAUGCGGAGUCUAUGUUGGCUGGUUUUCGCAGGUUGCUCCGGGGCGUGUGUGAUGGCGAGUUCUUAUUGGACAACCACUUGAAUAUUCACGGAGAUGCUCAGAGCCUGAAGCAGCUGCUGAUGAUGAGCACCUCUCUGAACGGUAAAUCGUUUGAGAAGCUAUUGCAGCCAGAGGCCAAGCAACGAUUGGCUGAGCUGAUCGCAACGACUGGUGACUUGAAGGCAAGUAUCCCACCUUGCCUGCGUGCUUCGCUGCGUGGAGCCAACGACAUCUGCGUUCCUGUGGAUUUGUUCCAUGUCCCAGUUCAAUUGCGCUUUGGAGUGCAUCACCUGAUCGCCUUUCGAGAAGAUGCAGAGUCAAGAAUCCCUGAAGCCACGGCCGAACUGCCGCAAUUUGCAAGAAACACAGGGGCACCGAGCUGCCGGUCCCAACGGUCGAUGAGGUCAUCCUCUGUGGCAUCCAGUCGCGGCACUUUAGAAGAGCUGGACCCAGCAGCGCAAGAAGCCUCUCUGCUGAUUGAUGCCUCCACCAAGGUCUUGGACAUUUGCCAGGCCCAUUGGCGCUAUGAGAAGACUGAGGAGUCUGCCAUGCCAAAUCUUCAAUCAAUCAUUCCCCGCUCAGACUGGCGCAUGGUGAGAGGCACAGUGCAGGCCUAUGCUCGAAGCCAGCACGGACCGAAGGAGUUCAAGGAUUGGCCCUUGAAAUAUUCUGGCAAACAAUUGGUGGCGAGGAAGGUGAUACUUUCACGGGCCUCGGGUUCUUUGAAUUCACCUCCAAAAUUCUGGGUGCAGCUGCGAGAAGUGCGAAAGGAUGCAGCCCGAGAGGCCGAUGAUGUUAUCGAAGCCAGUGGGUAGUCUUCUCACAAUGUCAGAGUUCUGCUCGGUCUUGAAAAAUUGUGUGUGCCCCAGGUUUGCCCCCCUUGGAUUCUUGGAGAGCGACAUGGAUGGGCACACCGUGUGCAAAAUAUGUUUUAGAAAACCAGAGGUUUCUUCCAUUUUCAUUCGCUUGGUGAAUCACCUGGGGCUUAACAUCAAUCCUAGAUGCCAGAUGGCGUCUCACUUGAGAUUUCGGAUUAGAAAUCUUCCAUGUUUAACCCGGCAAAGAGUGGAGCUUUUGCCUUGCUUCCCUUCAGCAAAGCGUGUGCCUCUGUGGUGCUUUCCUUGAGCUGGGGUUCCCCUCAGCCAUAACCAGCUUGCCCAGGGCACGCCGACCUUUUCCCAAGUGGGAAGGGGUCCCUUUAAGCUCAACCAACAACGUCCAGCUGCCACGAAUAUGGUUUAUUCUCCUGUGUUGGUUUCAAACGGCA